CAGCUGCUGAAGGCUGGACACAAGAGCGGUGCGAGGUCACUGAUAGAGGGGAGAGAGAGUGAGGGUGCGGGAACGGAGACCCUAGUCGUUGUCGGCGGUGACGGUGGCAGAUGGGCGCGACUCUCCUCAGCUGAGCCGGCCACCGAUCCAGCAGCAGCGGUCACCCGAUGCUGCCUGAAUCCAGUUGACCAUCGUCGGAUUACACACAUCCUACGAAUGACACUUAGCUAUAACUGGCACCAUGCUCCCCCGUAACCUGCGAACAGGUGGUUAUGACCUGCCAGGGGUGGAGUCAAGCGACGUGCCUCUCAUUGGCUACCGGCCCUUACUCUCUGACAGCGUCACCCCGAGCAGCCAAUCAAGGAGAGGCAGCGGCAGCGAUGACUUGGAAACUUCACAGGGAGAUCCCUCACCAAUGAAGACCACCUGGUACUGUCCUCUGGAUCUGUCCACUGUGGUUGAAGAAGAGGAGGAUGGAGUGAUAUACACAGUGGUGGUGAAACAGCAGCAUGGCACCCCCAACAGCGUGACGUCAGCGGUUUCUCGCUCCCAGUGUGUAAAAGCAGGGACAGAAGAGAAGCUGGUGCUCCACCUCCUUCACUCCUUUUCUUUCGGAGACUCCUCCUUCAUCACAAUCUUCCUCUCCACCUAUCGAUCCUUCACCUCCCCGGGCAGAGUGCUGGACAUCCUCACUGACAGAUUGGAGAACCCACCUGGGGGAACUGAGAGGAGUCAGAUAAGACAUUCCUUCAACAGAGCGGUGUGUACAGUGUUCAGCAUGUGGCUCUCUGAGUAUCCUGAAGACUUUAAGAGUUUGGGGGAGCCGUCUCGCCUGCUGCGCCUCGCUCCCCUUUUCCCUCAGGACUCCUCAUCUGCAGCCGACCUCCGUGCUCGCCUCCUCCGGAUCGCAGAGGAGCUCAGCGAGAAAGCCCUGCUCCCUGACUCCCAUAAAGAUCAGACCGGUUUCCCCAGCCAUCCUCCUGACGCCUCCAAGUUUGAACCCACAUGCAUCCUUGGAUUUCCUGCAGCAGUGAUCGCUGAGCAGCUCACCAAAAUAGAGACUGAGCUGUUUGUCCGUCUUGUCCCGUACCACUGUCUCGGUUCACUGUGGUCUCAGAGGGACAAGAAGGGGAGGGAAGGCGUUUGUUGGUCCGUCCGGGCCACCAUACGACAGUUCAACAAGCUGGCCAAUGCAGUUUUAGCAUCCAGCCUUUGGCCCACAAAUCUGCGCAGCCAACAGAGAGCCCGACUGCUGGAGAAAUGGAUCAGCGUGGCAGAGGAGUGUCGAGCCAGGAAGAACUUCUCCUCGCUGUAUGCCAUCGUGUCCGCCCUGCAGAGUAAUCCCAUCCACCGGCUGAGGAAGACGUGGCAGGAAACUGACAGGGAGGCGGUGAGGAGGUACGAGGAGCUGUCAGAGAUCUUCUCAGAAAAGGACAACUACUCGCAAAGCAGAGAACUCCUCAAGGAGGAGGGCACAUCCAAGUUCGCCAACCUCGACAACAGGCUCAACAACAAACAUUUUAAUCGGUCUAAUGCCCAGGGCACUGUGCCCUACCUGGGCAUCUUCCUCACUGACCUCACUAUGUUGGACACUGCAGUCAAAGACAGGCUGGAUAACGGCUACAUCAACUUUGACAAAAGGAGAAGGGAAUUUGAAGUUUUGGCUCAAAUCCGUCUCCUGCAGUCUUCCUGCAAAAACUGUGUUUUCAGCACUGACGAGGCCUUCACUCAGUGGUAUCAGAGUGUCCCAGCACUGACAGAGGAGGAGAGUUACAGACUCUCCAGUGAGAUUGAAACCCCUGGUGAGCCCAGCCCCCGUGGCCUCACUCCCACAGUCAUCAUCACACAGUGCCCAGACCUGAGUAACUCUCGGAGCAGCCUGACUGCUGACAGUGACAGCCUCUUUGACUUUCCCUCCCCUGUCAACCAUCUGCUCUCAAAACUCACAAAGCAUAUGAGGUCUCCGUCUGUGUCCUGUCUGGAUGUUGACACGUCGUCUUCAGCCAAUGAGUCCACCCCUGCCACGUUGACCCCAACCACUCCCACGAAAUCACACCGCCGAUCGGUCUCCUGCGGCAACAACCCCACAUACAACAUCCAAGGGUCGGGGCCAGAUAUGCGAAUCAUCAGGAUACGGAUGGACCUGCACGAUGGAAACUUAUACCGAAGCAUACUGGUCACCAGCAAUGACAAGACACACACCGUGAUCAGCUCUGCCUUAGAGAAGCACAGUCAGGACCCCAAACAGACGUCCAGAUAUGAGCUGAUCCAACUUCUUCCUGAAGGGAAAGAGCUGGUCAUCCCUGCUACAGGAAACGUCUUCUAUGCCAUGACAUCAUCUAGUGUUGACUUCCUUUUGAGGAGGAAAGGCGGGAACACUCCUCUGGGCUCAUCGCCACUCAGCACGGAGACGAGCGCUACAUUUCCUCGAAUCAAGGCCAAGGGGAGGCGACUGGUCCGGACACUGUUUUGACCUCAGACUUUUCCUCAACCCGUCUUUGUCCACAGUGAUGGGUUUUUUCUCCUCACAAACAGUAAAUGUGGCCUUUCACCCAUGCCUUUCCCCCCCAUCCUCCUACCAAGCUUUUUCUACCAAAAUACCAAGACCAGGACCAAGUCUGAAUCUGCUGCUGAAGAACUGUGUCAGUCACCUCUUCUCCAAACAGUAUGCAUCGUUUUACACCAAGAGAAAGAGCAAUGGAAGCCUUUAUCUGAGUGCUUUUGGUGCUGGCUCUAGAGUCCCCGUCAGGGACACUUUUGAUGCAUAUUUGUCAUUCCAACUCAAUGAAUAAGAUCUGUUUUAAUUGCUUACAUCCGCAAUCCGGAAAUCCCUUGUUGUUGUGUGCCUCAGUUGUGAGUGAAGCUUUAAGAUGUAAAAAAGAGCAUUUAAUUGGUCAGAACGUCUGUAAACACCUGAGAUGCUGAUGAAGGAUUUAGGAGACUGUGUGGGAAGAAGCAUGAUGAAAUCUAUAGAGCCUGUCAGACGGGGUUUGGGUUAACAGCACACAUGAGGAAAGACAGUGAGAGUGAACCAUUGUAGCAAAAACACUGGACCUUUUCAAAUGAGACGUAUAUAUGUUUUGUACAUAUUUAUAUAUUUUGUACGUCUGAAUGAUGUUAACAUUGUGUUUACACUGGCGAUGAGCUUCAGGUCCAUGUGUCCAAAUUGUCUGAUUCAUCAAGAAAAAAUGCAUCAAGAGCCUGCAAGAUUCAUCCAUGAUUCAUACAGAUGUUUAUUUCAACUUAAAGCUGCAUUAAUCCCUCUAUUUUAUUUGAACACUUUUAUUAUGUGUUUGUAUGUGAACAGAGCUGCUUCAUUAACCUAAAAAGAAUGAUCGACUGCGGCUCUGUAAAAUGUUGUGUCCUAUUUAAGCAACAUGUUUAGCGACACGGAAAGUUACUUCAUGGUGAUCCCCCAGCUGAUAUCAACCCUGUUUCCAGCCUCAGCUGUUUUCAACAAACAACAAAAAAAAUGAGGUUACCCCGCUGAAUGCCACCUGUCGGCAGCAGACACACAAAGUUAGAGAUUUGCUGGUGAAAGAAUGUCAGCUAAAGAGCCAGAUAUGUUUUCCUCAGGAGUUGUUUUAAACAAAACUACCCCUUAAAGGAGAGUGAUAAGCACUUAUUUUAUCAAUCUGACAGAAAUACAACUCCAGAUAAACACUUCCUCUUCAGCUUGUUGCAUAAUUAAGCAACUGUUAGGCAACUCAAUAGAAGUCAUGGCUUGUCUUAAAAAAUAUGAUGACCUUGACAUUGAUUAUUGCAGCUUUAAAAAACAACCUCGCAGCACUUUUAAAGCUUGUGGCUUUGCUUCAGUUCCUCACUGCUGUCCCAAAACCAUGAGGAAGAAUUGUAAGGAAAAUCUAAAGACAACCCUUCAUACGUUUGCAUAGGUCUCAACAGAGCAUAAUGCACAUUUGUACCCAGCUCUGCAGGACGCAGCUUCAGUACUGUUGACAUACAGUACAAAGCCUCUGCACCACUUUCAUGUUUUAAAUGAACAUGUGACCUUCCGUGUAGGUUUAAAGCAUCUGUGACCUCUGGUUGUAUCUGCUCAGUGCUGGUGAGGCCUCCUAACUGGCUGAGGCAUGAGCAUGGCGGACCAGGUAGAGGAUUCUGGGUAAUAAUAGAUGACGUGUGCUAGCAUGAUGCUAUGCUACUGAUUGUUUCAGUGCCUUUCUCCACAGGAUGCUCCUCUUUCCCGUGUUUGCUUUAUAAUGUAUACAGUGUACGUGAAGGAAACGCAGCCACCUCAGUGCUGUGCAGUUUCACAUCAAAGCUAUUUAUGCACUACAUGCAGGAUGUCCUAUUUUUGUGGUAAUAAAUCUACUUUUCUAUGAA